AUGAAGUUCCCGCUGCCCAAGAACAUCUUCCCGCCGCUCGAGCUCUCGGAGGGCCAGGAGCAGGGCUACGAGCAGCUCGCAAACGCGCUCAUCAAGGCCACGCUCACUGAGUAUGACCAGUUCGUCAUGCACGACCGUAAGCGCGUGGACGCCCGCAGGUGGAAGGCCAUCCGCACGCGCGACGGCGUCUCCAUCUACCGCGAGCGCGACGUGGACGGUGUGCGCCGGCCGGCCCCGGCAACCCUCGCGCUCUACCAGAGCGCCAUCUCCACGACCAGGCCCAGUCAGAACGCGCGCGCAUCAGGCGGUGGCCCCCACGUGAGCUCCGAUCUCUCGGACAGCAGGAACCACACAAUCUCCAUUAACGGCCCGCUCCACUUCGGGCCGCCUAUGACGCCCAAGAAGAGCAAGUCGUCCUCGGACACGGACUACAGUCGGGACACCAGCCGCAACGACAGCUACAGCAGCGGCGGCUUGCCGUCCGAGCCGCGUAUCACCACGGGCGCCUUCUCCAGCACCGACAACGAGAGUGCGGGCCUGCCGCGCCUUCUAGCGGUCGGUACACUGCGCGGCUCGCUGGACGACGUCAUGUACGGCGUCGUGUCGCCCAACGCCUCGUCCGUUCGCCUGCGCAGCUCCUACCUGGGGGAGCACAUCGCCGACUGCGCCGUUCUGCGGGAGAUGAAGAGUCCGUCGCCCUCGGACCCGUUCCGCUUCCUCGGCAUCAAGUGGUUCGUCCGCGCCAAGCACCGUGGCGCCGCUCGCAUCGUGCUGCCUCGUGACUUCGUCGUGCUCGAGUUCUCCGGUGUCAUGAUGCGUCCUGACAACUCCCGCGUGGGCUUCCACCUCAUGCACUCGGUCGAGAUCCCGACGUGCCGCGAGCUGCACGAGCACCGCAUCUUGCGCGCCAAGCUGUCGAGCUGCUACAUCUUCGAGGAGACGCGCAACAACCGCGUGCAGGUCUUCAUGACAGCCUCCGUGGAGCCAAACGGACACGUGCUCAACCGCAUGGCGCUUCGCUCGGCCGCCACGGCGCUCAGCAACUGCUGGAAGUCGGUGAGCUGCGCGCACAACAAGAAGCUCGCGUUUUGUCUGCAGAACGAGCGGCCGUCGGCCAUGGGGCUCAGCUCCAUUGCGUCGACACGAGGUGGCCACUCCCUGGGCGGCACCGUCAUCAGGUCGUCCCGAGGCGGACUGUCGGCGUUGACGCCGGUGAACGAGUCCAUUGUGCGCGAGUCGAUCGCGCCCGAGCCCGUAUCUCAGCGCAGCAACUACAGCUCGACGGUGCAUCGUCGCCAGUGCGGCGUCUGCCGCGGUAAGCUCGGGGUGCUCUCUAAGUCGAUUCUGUGCCAACUGUGCUGCGAGCAGAUCUGCAGCCGCUGCCGCAUCGUGCGCAAGCUCAGCAGCGACACCCUCAACUCGCAGGUCACGCAGUCGUCCAUCAACUUUUGCAAGAAGUGCGUGGCCAGCGUGAACGACGAGAGCGCGCUUGAAAUCGCUCGCCAGGAGCUCUGGGUCCGCUCUCGUGGCCGUACGCGCGCGUCGUCCGCCAUGUCCAGGACGAACGCGAGGAACAGUUUCUCGUCGGAAAGGAACACGUACGCCACUGUGGUGCUUGGCCGCGGCAGUGAGAUGAACAGCAGAGGUAGCACAGCGACCAGCAGUCUCGGCCUCAGCCGUGGACCCAGCAGCUACAGUCAGCCGAGCAGCUUCAGUCAAAGUCGCGGCCCCCAGCAGGAGGAGUCCUCUCUAGGAUUCUCGGUCGGCCCUCGCCCGUCGACAUCAACGCAGUCGUCGACACCGCUGCAGCGGCCCAGCUCAGGAGGACGUCUGUCCAAGAACUUUUCGCUCAACACCUUCAGCUUGAGCGCUGGCCCGUUGUUGGGCAACAGAGUCGCGAACGACGCGCUAUCGCUCUCUGACCUGGACAACAACAAAGGUGUCACUAACGUUGGGACGGAGAAGACUGAGGCAGAGGAGCCCGUGGUGCUGGACCACCGCAUGACCAUGACCAUCCGCAGUCUACGCCACCUCGACUAUGUCUUGUCGGUUGGCGAGCAGGACCUGGUGGACGAGCUCGAGAACGAGGACACCGAGGAGGAAUUUGGUGGCUUUGAAAGCGCCGAUGAAGACGAGGGACGAUCAAGCUACGCGUCUUCCGUGGCCGUGCUGGACGACAACUACGAGGCGUGCGAGACGCCGAUGAGCAAUGAGCCACAGUCUCAGCGUGAGGCCCCCAUCGUCGAAGGAGAAGAAGACGAGGAGGUGGGCGAGGAGGACAAUGAGGAGCCUGAACAGAAGGAGGAACAAGAGCUGCAGCAGGCGGAGAAGGAGACCGAGGUUCAGGAUCAGUCGAGUGAAUCAGUACAUGAAGAGCAGGAGCCUGAGGAAGAGGAGGAAGGCAGCGAGCAGACCCAAGUCGAGGCCCAAAAGCCCGAGCAGACGGAGAGCACGACAGUAGCGAUGGCAAUGUCCGUGCACGGGGAUUUCAUCCACGCGGAUGCGGCCAUGGCCGAGGAGGUGGAAGUGGUGGAGGCUGCUCCUAUCGCCGAGGUGCACGCUAUGAUGCUGAACCAGUACGAGUUGCAGAAGAACGCCAAGCCCGACGCUGUCGAUGAGCAGGAGCCGAAGCAGCGCCUGCAACGCGCGCACACGACGGUCCCGUCCUCGGACAAAUCCAACUACCAGAACCAGCUCCUCCAGCAGAUGCAGGACCUGCACAACGUCGCCGAGACGACGUACCAAGUGGCCCGGGCCAAUACUGAGGCGGCCUUCAAGGAGCGCGACAGCGGCCGCAUCUCCAACGGCACCGGCAGUCUACGAGGCGUGCGAACGUACUCGCAGCCCUUCGCCUUCAACGUGGUGGGUCUGCGCUCGACGCGCGCAAUGACCGUCGGCAUCGACAAGUAA